UCAAGGCGUUCGUUUGUCUGUUUUUCUACCUGAUAUUUCCGAUAUGUCUCAACCUAAGCCGAUUUUGUACUACGACGAUCGCAGUCCGCCGGUGCGCAGUUGUCUUAUGCUAAUUAAGCUGCUGGAUAUCGAUGUGGAGCUACGGUUUGUGGAUCUCUUUAAAGGCGAGCAAUUCAAGAAAGACUUUCUGGAGUUAAAUCCCCUGCACAGUGUUCCCACAUUGGUGCAUGGUGAUCUGGUUCUGACCGAUAGCCAUGCUAUACUUAUUCACCUGGCGGAAAAGUUCGACGAGAGUGGAAAUCUGUGGCCUCAGGAGCACGAAGAACGUAUGAAAGUCAUGAACCUCCUGCUCUUCGAGUGCUCCUUUCUCUUCCGACGUGACAGUGAUUUCAUGUCGGCAAUUGUCCGCCAGGGAUUUGACCAAGUGGACGUGGCGCACCACGAACGCAAGCUGACCGAGGCAUAUGUCAUCAUGGAGCGCUACCUGGAAAGUAGCGAUUUCAUGGCCGGACGACAGCUGACGCUCGCCGACUUAUCCAUCGUGACCACAUUGAGCACCGUCAGUCUCAUGUUUCCCCUGGCGCAGUUCCCACGUCUGCGGCGCUGGUUCACCGCGAUGCAGCAGCUGGAUGCCUACGAGGCCAACUGCGGCGGAUUGGAGAAGCUGCGCGGAACGAUGGAGAGCGUCGGGGGCUUCCAGUUCCCAUCCUCCUCUUCCGCCUCCUCCGCCGAGGAUGUGGAACAGCUCUAGAUAGUUAUUAAAAUGGCGUGUUUAAUUUGGCUUUGGCCUGGAGUAUAAUUUCAUGUUUGCUUUGCAGGUGAAGGUUCAAGGUAUAUGUGAAAUCUCUCUAAAUAGAUGGGAAAGUAUACAUAAUAACUCAAAUUUCCAUAUUUUCUUAUCAUUCCAUAACAGCACUUUAAUAUACAUAUGUAGUUGCUCAUAACUUGAAUCUUUAUUAAACUUUUUUUAGAAAACAUAGUAAAUAUUUGUUUAAAAUUAAGUAAUAAAAAAUGCUUUUUAAAAAAUUGUAAACAUUUUAUUUCUGACACACAAAAUGCAUUUAAUGAACUAAUUAAAAAUGUGAAUCAAAUUGAUUUUGAGCUAUAAACUACAUAUAUGCAUCCAGAUGUGAAAUUUUUGUUAGAAUUUUGUAUUGCUUUCUAGAAAAUAAACAAAUAAAAUCUCAUUAUAGCCCGAA